UUACUUAAGGGUGCUUCAAGCAGUGAAACUCUUUAAGUUGUUCACUGAUACACAUCGAAUGGACUUUAUAUUACAGUGGCUUUUUUUUAAAUGAUCAUAAAGAGAACAAGGAACCAUGACAAUUUGAGAUAAAAACACCAUAAAUAUAAAGUAAUUUUGAUUCAUUACUGCACCUCAGUAGACGGAACAUGGGAGCUUCUGACUCUCUGCCUGAGAAAAGGAUUGUGCUUCUUGGGAAAACCGGAGAUGGUAAGAGCAGCGCCGGGAAUAUGAUUCUCAAACAACAAGUCUUCAAGAGCAAAGCUUCUCCUGAAUCAGUGACGACUGAAUGUGUCAGUGGAGACCGCAAGGUCCACGGCAAAAAGAUCACCGUUAUUGACACACCUGGACUCUUCGACACCGGUCUGGAUGAGGAGGCCAUCAUAUCUGAGAUCAUUCGCUCUGUGAUCGAAAGCUCUCCGGGUCCAGACAUGUUCACCAUCGUCCUGAAGGUGGGGAGAUACACGGGACAAGAGAUGGAGGUCGUGGAUAAAAUCAUGGAGUAUUGUGGAGAAGACACCUUCAAUCACUCAGUGGUUUUAUUCACUCACGGAGAACAGCUGGAAGGACAAACCAUCGAGGAGUUUGUCAAGAUAAGUCCGAAGCUACAGGAGCUGGUUGAUAAAUGUGGAGGCCGCUGUCACGUCAUCGACAGCAAAUACUGGAGAACCCGUCAAAUGGGAUACAGGAGCAACAGAGUCCAGGUGAAGAACCUGCUGGAGACCAUCGAGCAGAAGCUGAAGGACAAGAACACCUGCUACACCAACGAGCUGCUUCAGAUAGUGGAGGAGGAGAUUCAAGAUGAGAUGAAGAACAUAAAAGAGGUCAAUAUGUCACCAGAAGAGAGGCGCGAAGAGGCCAAAAAGAUAGUGCACAAAAAGCUUCUGGUUAAGCUGGCAGGAGUGACCACAGGGACACUUACCGGUGCGUUUCUGGGCAUCGGGGUCGCUGUGGCCUCCGUCGUGUCUUUACUGAAAGCCCCCAAUGUUGCCGGAGUAGUAGAAGCCGGAACCGUAGCCGGGGCCGCGGGAGUCACAGGGAUAGUGGCGGGAGCAGUGGCGGUGAAGGCGGGGAUCAUCGCUGCGGGGGCCGGGGCUGGGGUCGGAGUGGCUGGUUCUGGUAUCGCUGCAGCUGCGGGGGUCGCUGUCGGAGUCGCCGCUCUCGCCGGAGCGAUUGGGGGAGGAGUCACCGGAUGCAAAGCCGCAGAAGAAACGGACUCGGUGUCUGACGCUAUAAAGAAUACCGCAAAACUCAACUAUGAGAAUGCCAAAGGUGCGGUGAAAAAGGCAAAGAAACAUCAACACAAACUUUUUAAAAAAGAGACAAACGAAUGUACUGAAGCGGGAACAGACUAGUGUUUUUUUUUUAUAUAAUAUAUGUGUGAUUAGUCUGUUUAUUGCAAAGAUGACAUGAGUGUUGUCUAAAUUAUGCAUGUGGGUUUAUCUUAAAUUAACUCAACAACUGACAAUUUAAAGGUUUAUUUUACUUUCAAAUCAACAUUUCCUGAUACCCCCCCCCCCCCCACCCCCCGCCAUAUAAUCCAAGAUGUUUACGUCGUUCUUUCUUCGGUCGAAAAGAAGUUUACGUAUUUGAUUAAAACACUACAGGAUUAUUCUCCUUAUACACUGUGUUCCAAAUUAUUAUGCAAGUCACAUAUCAAUAGAAUUUUGGUACAAUAAAGAGUCAGAUUUUUGUUUGUGCUGUUUUUCACAUCAUUUCAGGUAACUGCUAUCAAUCUCAGACUAUAUUAUUUUUUAAACAUGUUGGUUUUAUUGUUUGCGAUUUAGUUUGUUGCAAAAAUAAUAUGGAAUACUGUUAUUAAUUAAUUACAAGAUGCAUUGAAAGAUAUUAACCCAAAUGCUUAAAAGGAGAACAGCUGUAGGAGACCCAUUUUAGUAAUCUAAGAUCUAUAUUUUAAUGCAUAGGAUUUUUUUUUUAAUUCUCUCUGCAUUAUAUGAACAUACAGCCGUUAUUUUAUUAUAAUAUAUAUUUUGUCAAUAAUAAUAAAAUAUUCCUCA